AUGCAGCAGCCACCGCAAAUGAUUCCUGUUAUGUCUCCAUUUCCACAAGCAAACAUCACCACUGAGCAGAUCCAAAAGUACCUUGAUGAAAACAAGAAGUUGAUUUUGGCAAUAUUGGACAACCAAAACCUCGGAAAACUUGCUGAAUGUGCCCAGUAUCAAGCCCAACUGCAGAAGAAUUUGAUGUAUUUGGCUGCAAUUGCCGAUGCCCAACCACAGGCACCGGCAAUGCCUCCCCAGAUGGCCCCGCAUCCUGCGAUGCAACAAGGAGCAUAUUACAUGCAACAUCCUCAGGCGGCAGCAAUGGCUCAGCAACCAGGUAUUUUUCCCCAAAAGAUGCCAUUGCAAUUCAAUACUGUACAUCAAAUGCGGGAUCCUCAGCAGUUACACCAGCAAGCCAUGCAAGGGCAAAUGGGAAUUAGACCUAUAGGGGCUAACAAUGGCAUGCAUCCAAUGCAUGCUGAGACUGCUCUUGGAAGCAGUGGCCCUUCAGCAAGUGCUGGCACAAAUGAUGUGCGUGGGGGAAGCAAACAAGAUGUCUCUGAGGCUGGCACAACUGGUGCUGAUGGCCAGGGGGUUCUGCUGCUGGGCAUAAUGGUGGUGAUGGCUCUGAGGAUGCAAAAUGAUGUGGCCUCUUGA